AUCAACGGAUCUGUCCAGAUGGAGUGUGCGCUGCUGUACACCUUCCUGGAGGCAUCCAGGGACUGUAAGUUUAAGCAGCAGCUGCAGUCCCUGCAAAACCAUGGGAUUGUGUCUUGCCUGAAAGGCAGCUACUGCUAUGAUGAUGAGGCGGAACUCCAGACCGACGGCAAUCGGGGCGGCCGCAUGCAGAAUGGCGAGCCAGGAUUUGACCCUGAGGUGAAUGAAGCUGUCCGGAUCAUUGCUGCUCAGCUCGCUGAGAUUGGAGACCAGUUUGAUAAAGACAUCAAUGCCAGAGUAGUAAAUGAUCUAGUGCAGCACUUCCGGAAUGAGAAUCUGUCCAGAGAGGAGAUAACCCGGCACCUGUCGGGGGCAGUGGAAGAGCUCGCACAAGCCAUCCCCUCAGACAUGGAACUGGAGAAGGCCAAGCUGGUGCUAGCAAUGGUCUUGACUAAAAAAAUAGCAAAUACAAUGCCCUCUCUUCUACAUCAUGUCUUCAGCACUACUGUGAACUACAUCAACCAGCGGUUCCACAACUACGUUGUCAGAAUGCUGCACAGGUGA